AAAGCUAAGGGGGAAAGUGCUCUGAGAGUGAGGACACUGGGGGUGGCUGGGAUGCGGUCCCUGAGGGCAGUGGUGGACAGGCCACUCUGACUUGCCACCAGCUCACAGGAGGCCCCCACUGAGGACACUGCUCUGAGCCCAGCCUUCAGCCAUGGCGUGCCCCCUGGAUCAGGCUAUUGGCCUCCUGGUGACCAUCUUCCACAAGUACUCCAGUCAGGAAGGUGACAAGAACACCCUGAGCAAGAGUGAACUGAAGGAGCUGAUCCAGAAGGAGCUCACCAUUGGCGCGAAGCUGCAGGAUGCUGAAAUUGCAAAGCUGAUGGACGACCUGGACCGGAACAAGGACCAGGUGGUGAACUUCCAAGAAUAUGUCACCUUCCUGGGGGCCUUGGCCAUGAUCUACAAUGACAUCCUCCGGGGCUGAAAAUAAAUUGGGAAGGUGGAGACACCCUCCAGCUGGCCUGUCUAGUGGUGGGUAAUUGUACAAUAAAUUUUUUUUUUUUGGUUAAAUCUA